AAAAUUGGUGUGAUAAAAACUAACUUCACUGUGACAGAAUUUGUGUUCCUGGGCCUCUCCUCACAGCCAAAGAUCCAAGUCACUCUUUUUAUUAUGUUCUUGUUCUUUUAUUUAUUAAUUGUGGUUGGUAAUAUGAUUAUCAUCACUAUUAUCCAGAUAGAACCUUGUCUUCAUACUCCCAUGUACUUCUUUCUCACCAAUUUAUCAUUCUUGGACAUCUGCUACACAACCACCAAUGUCUCACAAAUGCUAUCCAACAUGGUGGGGAAAAAGACCGUUUCAUUCUCUGGUUGUGCUACUCAGAUGUACUUCUCCCUCUCCUUUGGAAUGACUGAAUGUGUUCUCCUUGGUGUUAUGGCUUAUUACCGAUAUGUAGCCAUUUGUCAUCCUCUUCAUUACACUGCCAUCAUGGAUCAAAGCACUUAUGUCCAACUGGCAGCCAUUUCUUGGUUCAUCAGCUUCCUCAGUUCCAUGGUUAUCAAUGUCCUCACCUUGAGUUUGCCAUACUGUGGACCCAAUGUCCUGAAUCACUUUUCCUGUGAAGUACCUUCUGUCCUGAGGUUGGCUUGCACCAACAAUUCAUUCACUGAGAUGGUUGUUUUCAUCUUCAGUAUCAUCAUUGUCUUCAUUCCUUUCCUCCUCAUUGUUGUUCCUUAUGCCAGAAUCCUUGUAUCUAUUCUCAGGAUGCAGUCAGCCUCUGGGAGGCACAAGGCACUGUCCACCUGUGCCUCCCAUCUGACAGUGGUGGCUUUGUUCUACGGAACUGCCAUCUUCAUGUACAUGAGACCACAGUCAAAGUCCUCUCAGGCUGGAGGCAAGAUAAUUGCAGUUUUUUACACUGUGAUCACACCCAUGCUCAAUCCCUUGAUCUACAGCCUAAGGAACCAAGAUGUGAAAAGAGCUAUAAAGAGAGCUAUAGCAAAACAGAGAACAUGA